GGGGCAGCAGACAAAGAAAUGUCAAGAGAGAUCGUCUAUAUCGUCCACAUCAGUAUCAUAAGGGCGCCGGAUGUUAAGUGUAUGGAGGUGGUUUGCGAGGCCGAAGAUGGUAGAAGAGCAGCUCCUUUUCAAUGACAAAAACGCAACUUGGACUUUUCGUGGCUUCAUCAUUGAUUACAUAAUGAGGCUGGUGAGCUGAAAUAAAGUUAGGUUUUCGGAUUAUUGGAAGCCAAUGGGAAAACCGAAAGCUGCUUAUCUCAGCAUCCCGAGUCAAACGGGCCGAUAAUCCUGAUUACAUAAGUCGAGACAAUGGGGCAAAGAACGAUUUUGACUUUUUGUGAACGAAGGGCGAAGCAGCAUCAUAAGUGCCUGCUCACCGUCAAGCCGUUCGAUACAGCCGCACCAGCAUGCGUGAGGGCAAAGUGUUGCUCUCUACAACCCUCCGCAGACCAUGCCUAACCGAUCUAUAGGCGGGGGCAGAGUUCUAGGUAGUGGACGGUCGAUAAAUCCUGCUCCGCCAAAACCACUGCCCAAGAAUAGCUCAUCGAAUGCGAUAUCGCCGUCCGCUAGCAGUGCCUCUUUGGUUUCCCAGGCCUCUAACUCGCAGGUAUCGUCUGAUACACAGGAUCUAUCCUCGAGGGUCUUUCUUAAAAAUGGAGAUUCGUCCAUAGCCAAGGCUUCCCGCAGCACUGGGGCGCUGGUUUGCCCUAUCUGCAACGAAGGGAUGGUAAGAUACCCUAUGUCUCCUUUUAUGUCUCCUGGAUUGCCUGGGUACUGAUACUCGAUGCUCUAAUAGGUGACACUCUUACAGCUGAAUAGGUAAUUGCGCACGACUUACCUGUUACUCCAACACACGAAACUCACUCCUUCGUCCUAGACAUCUCGACGACGAACAUCGGAAUCUCGAAGAUGAGCAACAAGUGGAAGUGAAGGACUGGUUCCAGACACAGGUCGAAAAGGCCAAACGAUUUCAACCACUUGCUGUACUCAACCAGAAGCUGAAAGGCCUGGAAGUCUUUGAAUCUAACCAAAACACUCAACUUUUACCACCGUCAACACGACCCACCGCUGAGAACUCAGUUUCGGAGGCCGCUAAACCUAUCGACCCUGACGAUCUAAUAACGAAGUCUCACUGGCAGCAACGGUCGCUUAAUGAUGUUUGCCUGGACCCCAUGUGCGAGAAAAGGCUUACCGCAACAAAUGGCUGUAUCAACUGCAGAAAAUGUGGCCGUCUAUUCUGCGAGGAUCACACCAUGUAUCAAAUGAAGCUUUCGAGGUCUGCUCAGCACGAACCAGUACGGGGGUUUUGGUGCCGCGUCUGUGAAACCUGCUACAAGUCGCGAGAGGGUUAUAAUGAUUUUACCGGUAAACAUCAGACCCCUGCCUGGUUUACACUUCCCCAGUGCUAAAAUCUGUUUAGGAGCGGAACGUGACCACACGGAUAUGUUCAAAGCCCUUAGAAAACCUACAGUUGACAAAGCUUUUCUAGAAAUAUCUCGGCUGGAAAAGAGAUUGACACGUCUAACUCAACUUCUUGCUGGGCUACCUCUAGAGCAAGUACAGUCUAAAAGAUGGGCUAUUGGUUGGCAAACAGACCAGAGGAAAGCACUCAAACAGUCUGUCGUCAGUUGGCAAGAUGAUGUGGAAGUUUCCAUAUGCCCUUUUUGUCAGCAGGAGUUCUCUGCGUACAUCUUCCGAAGACAUCAUUGCAGAACAUGCGGUAGGGUUGUUUGUGGCGAUCCGGCAACUGAAUGUUCUUCCUUGAUAAGCCUUGAUGUGACCAAAUCCCAACCUCGAUUAUCAGAAAAGCCGGCUCCAGAUAAAAUUAAUCUCGACGUGCGAUUAUGCAAAGAUUGCAAAACCACCAUAUUUAGUAAACGAGAUUUCAUGGAAGAUAUCGCCAGAGAACCACCGGAUGUUCGCGCUUAUAAAAAUCUUGUUCAGUUCGAACGGGGGAUUAGACUGUUAUUGCCGAGAUUUCACAAGAUUCUAGCAGCUCUUCAGUUCGUUUCCCCUCAUCUCGUCAAUUCCCAUGGCUCUUUUCUAACUAUAUAUACAACUAGAGACCCCGAUAACCCUCCAGAACCGGCUCAACUAACCGAGGCGUCUAAAGUCCGUAAACGGUUAAUUGACUCUUUUGCCCAAUACGAUGUAGCCGCAAGGCGCAUUCGUGACCACCCAACACAGUCACCAACACAAGCAAAACUACAACAAGCAAUAUACCAUCAAGCCACAAGCUUCCUCCACCUACAUAUGCUUCCACUCAAAACUCUUCCCAAGAUACUGAAACAUGCCACUCCAUACGGCAGGAAUCUCAGUUUCGAUUCGUCAUCCUCAGAUGGCAGGCGCAUGAACGGGGGUAAUGCCCAGCCCCGUUCCCUUGCAUCCAUUAAGUACGGCAAUCCCGACCAGGGUGGCAGCACCACUAGCCUAGCUAGUAAUAACAGUAGUGCACUCUCAGCGCUUGAAGCGGAAGAGAAAGAACUCCGUGAUCGGCUCAUUGUUCUUGAAGAACAGAGGUUUUUCGUCUCAGAAAUGAUUGCCGACGCCAACAAACGGCGUAAAUUUGACGAGGCAAGCAGCCUUGCUCAAAAUGUUGCGGAUUUGAAUAAAGAAAUAGAUCAUGUCAAUGGUAUGAUCAGUCAGUUAGACUUUGAAGGGCUGUUUACUGGCGAUUCAGGCCAGUAAUGAUUGAAUCAUUGCAUUCGUUAUCCUUACAAGUUCUCUUUUCCAAUAUUUAGCUCGGUGACUGACACUGGUAUUGCAAUUUCUUGUUCUUCCUUAAAGCGUUGCUCAUUUUCAAGGGUGGUUGCUGGCGUUCGCUUUUGUUUCUCUCUUUUCUCCUGAGAGUAUUAUUAAUGACCCUGAUGAUUCAAAUCUUACCCAAGUUCCUGGCAAUAUUAUUUAUCUACUACCUACAUAUUUGCAUGCACAUCUAAUUUUCGCUUUGCUAGUUACUGUUAGCUAGACCUUUACUGUUCAUAAUAGCAAGCGUCUUCAUUAUAAUUUGUCAAAUUUACGACUCUUUUAGAUUUCAAGUAGCAUGCUAAAGAAGGCCUACGAGCUGGGGACUGUAAGGGCACCUUCAUCUUCUCUACCGGGGUUCCCUAUAGAUACUAGAUCGGGGACUAUAAAAUAGAUUGAGG